ACUUUUAUUUUGAAUGAAUGUCUCCUCUGACUUCCUUCUGCCAGCCUGGACCUCGCCUGGAGAGCAGAGCGAAGCUCGACGUGUCUGCCGACGAAAGGAACUUCGCGUUCGCGAUGAAGUAAAAAAUAAACAGUAAACAAAAUGAACACUGUCGAGAAGAAGCUGGCCGACUUGAUACGAGAACACCCGAACCUGUACGACCAGUCCCGACGGGACUACAAGGACAACCUGAAGGGACACCUGUCGUGGAGGGACAUCGCGGACAGCAUGGGAAAGUCAGAGGAGGAGGUGAAGCUGAAGUGGAAAAACCUCCGCGACAAGUUCUGCAAGGCGAAGAAGCGACUGGCCAAGAGAAGCUUCUCUCUGCUGGCAGACGACGACAACCCGCUGGAGAGGCCCGUCCCGGUGCUCUACCACCAGCUGGCCUGGCUCAGCGGCUACGUCAAACCCAGAGUAGAGACCAGCACCGGAGACACCGACGAGGUAGCUGGAAGUGGUGAUGACGUGGAGAAAGAGCGGGAUAAAGAUGAGAAGGAGCAGCACUGUCCCCUGCCUGUCGUUAGUACCAGCUUUUCUCUCGUGGACUCCUCUCCAAACAACCAUCAGGAGAUGGGAGUUUCUCUUAAACGUAAAAGGCAAACCACAGACACUGAGAUGAGCUCUGCAGAUGCCCUCGCCAACAUCAGAGAUGAAGAUGAACUGUUUCUGCUCAGCCUUCUGCCUUCACUGAAGAGGCUUACCAUUAAAAAAAGGAUGGAGGUACGGAUGAAAUUCCAGCAAGUGCUUUAUGCUGCAGAGUUUGAGGACUAAAGGGCUCAUUAAGAGGUAAUACGUAUGUAUGAUCGGUGGUAGGGCUUGUUAUGGUAUGGAUUCUUCAAGCUUUCAACCUGUAAAAAUAUUUUUUUUUAACCAUUAUAACUUUUUAAUAUUUAUUUUUGGAUCGCCACUGCUAUUAAGAAUAUCAAUUUGUAGAUCUCUAUAAUUCAGUGUUGCCUGAGUUGUCCAUGUAUCAAGAGCUUUAUCUCUUGAGUUGAAAACUGAAUGAAAUCUCUCAUUUUGAAUGUAGGUGAUGGAGCCACCCUUUUGUUACUAGUUAUAAAAUAAGACUAAACAUAGAGUUGUUAGUUAAUAAGGUACACAUGUGCAGUCAAAUCUAAUGCAAUCAAAUGCACUAGAUUGCAUUAGAUUACCCAGUAAUAACUCCCUCCUUUUUUAAAGCUCAUAAUGUUCAUUCAGCUCAUUUUUCAGGCUGUUGUUUUGUUAGACUGCAUUAUAUUAACAUUACUGUAACAUGUACCAUUGAAUACCUAUUAACGUGGUAACAAUUUAUUUGUUGGGAGCCAUUGGUUGAUUAACUUUUCUAUUGAAAUUACCCAAUAUUAUAACUACUUAACAUGUAAACCCUUUGAACAGUACCGGCUGACAUUACUAUAAAUAUAAUAACAAAAUACAAUUAAGACAACAUCUUGAAAUAACUGCAAAUAUGAAUACAGUUAUUUUCUUUAACCUUGUAGCUACAAAUGGGGGAAAUUAGGAAACAAUAAAUUGCAUCCAAGUUAGUUCUGUAAUUCUGCUUGUGAACACAUGUGCUUCUUUUCAAAAUAUUUUGUAGAUUAGACAGAGACUGUACAUAAAUAUCUUUCUAAAAGGAGUCAUUUAUACUUUAUAUUUUUUUUACAAUAAAUAUUUUCUUGCUCCGGAAAAA